AAUGGUGCAUCUUCCACGCAGAACCUCGUCACAACAUGAUUUGUGAUGGUGAGUUACUAGCUGGUGUUCUUAGGGUACGGGCCGAGAAUGAAUUCAAGUGAUUUCUCGUCGCCGCAAGACAAUAUAACAUGACUACAGAGCACCUUUAUAUUCUACCGUACUUCGUAUGCGGGUAUUAAUCCAUCAUUCAGGCAGGGGUAUCGCGAAGAGAGGAGGGCCCUAGGGGGUUAGGUAGAGUCUGGUAGAGCUCUACGCGUAGGUACACUCCACAGCGACCCCCAGAACCCGAGCUAUGCCGCUAUCGCUUGCUGUGCCUCGGCCAAAUCUUUAGUACUAGGUACCUGAGUAUGUAAGUAAAGAGUUAGUUAUCACUUAGCCGAGACUACCUAAGUGAAGCUUCACAUUUGCUCUUGCUUGAGCCCCCAACUGCGACCAGAGCUGCCGCAGUCCGAGACGAGUAGGUGCCUACCUGUUAGGUAGGCCAUUCAUAUUGUCUUUGUCCAAAGCCUCGAAGCUUGUCACCCAAUGGGUGGUAGAUAACCUCAUAAAAUUUCCCAAGUCGCGGGGCCAUAACUCACCGAACCUCAAAUGAAUCUGUGGCGCAUUGCAUCCUGAGCUCGAACAGUCUACACGAGGAGGCUGUGGGCCGCAACCCGCAUGUCAGAGAUGACAGCUUCAAGCCCCGUCUCGAGUCCAGCUCUAGGUCGCGCUAUAGAUCACCAUCGACAGUCUGCCGAGAACCGAAGACGAAGACGGAGGCAGGAUAAGCCUUCCAUCGCUGCGCGACUGGUCCUGGACGGCCAUGUAAAAGGCGAUAUAGGUAUCUUGUCUGACGACCUUUUCGCCGACCUAUUCCCUCGUCUUCAGCAAUAUGAGUCCCACGAGGUUGACCCAAAUUCCACCGGCCAAGUUCACCACGUAGCCAUUGCGCCAUGGACUCCCGACGCAACUCCGCAACGCACGAAUUGGUCCAUUGUCCCCGUCACUAAGUCGACUGCGCUAGCCCAUUCAACUGUCCAGUUCUCCCCCGCCUCCUCAGCUCUCCAGUCGUUCGCGACCGUUCUCCGGCAGGUUGCGCCCUCGAAAUUGUCAAGCCACAGCAGGACUGGCAUUGAGAUACACAUCUUGGAUGUAGCUGCGCUGGCUCUGGAUACCGUUUUUGUUAGCCUAGAAAGUGAUCUGGUCAGGAGAUUAGAAAAUGGCGAGGGUACCUUUUUCAAAGACCAUCCUUCCAAUAAAGGAAAGGACAACGUGAUGCUCAACACACCUGUAGAGCGACUCGCCGCUGCUCUUCGUGUAGCUUUGGGCACACUCAAAGUCGUUCACAACGGUGACUUAUUCCUCCUACCCUUGCAACCACAUCCUAUAACGCAUGUUCCUCCCAGCCCAGGAAAGGUGGUGCUAUGUGAACCAGUGGCACAAGGUGUCCUGACUCCAACUACUAAGAUCGUCUUAACACGCGGUCAUUCUCAGUCCAAACAAGAUCGCGCCGUUAUGGCAUCUACCCAGGCGCUUAACGGAGCUGGGCACGAUGAGGAAGAUACUGCGACUGACCAGUUCUUCUCGGCGGCUGAAGAGCGUGAAAAAACCGAUGCACAAACCGAGAACUCAGAUUCUAUGACAGAAACGGAGACGGAAGCAUCUGAAAUUGAAAAUGAAGACGACCUAUCAGACGACUCUAUGGAUGAGAUGAUUUCUCUCUCUAUACCCACCUUGCCAACAACUAAUGCAAGUGGGAUUUCUACAAUGCAGCCUGGAACGCCCAUGACGAUCGGGACGAUCGGGCGUGGUAGAAAGGUGAACGGUACACACACACCAGGAUCUGUGUUUUCGAGUUUUACUGCGACAACCGCACGCCCUGACCGGCCAAAAGGUCGUCUUUUUAAAGCACAUGGGCUAGUCAGUUCUAUUCCAGUCGACUUGCUUCACCCUAAACCGACGACUGAAGAAGACGAUGAAGCUUUCAUUUUCGUCGACAUUAACUCUUUGAGUCGGAUCGGUUGCUUCUCCGGAGACUGGGUAAGAGUUGAGGCAGCCGAAGAACCACCAUUAAACGGGAGUGGUUUGUUCGGAUUGGGAAGCUUUGGAGAGCCAGCAGGAGAGCCAAAUUGGAGACCCGCCAAGAUCUUUGGACUACCCGAUGGCUAUUCAAGCCGGCCAAUGACGAGAAUACCUAGCUCGAAACAUGAACCGGGAGGUCGACGCUUAUCAUUCUUUGAAUCCCAAAUUCAAAAGCCAACCGGGCCCGGGGCUCAUAUGUCUCCACUGUUACUUGCCAAUUUAGAGAAUACACCCUAUGUUCGCCUCUCGCCCCUGAAGAGGCACAAUUAUCCUCUUCGGUCUGGUCAACCCAAAAUAACCAGUGUAUCCCGCCCGCCCUAUGCUCGAGAUGUAACAGUCCAACAAGUUCGGACUCCUAUUUCUUCUGAAAAAGCACUGCAGACGGCGAUCCUCAGUGGCUUGAAGAACUAUUUUGCACGAAGCUUACGUAUCGUGAGGACAGGUGACCUCAUUGCAGUCCCCAUUGAUACACAGCUUGGGAGAACUCUCCAAGAAACUAUAGGCUCAAAUGACGGUUUUGCCGUUGAUGAUCUUGUAGCUAUUGCAGGAUCGAAUAAGACCUUCUCUGGCACUGCGUCCAACGCUGACGCUGUCGCUUGGUUUCGGGUCAGUCAUAUAGUGAGGCAAAACCCAGAAAUACCUGAUGAAGAUGAUGAAGAGGACAUAUGGGGAGCUGUUGCUUGCGUAAAUACCGCUUCGACUCAAAUUGCACAAUCGGGUAGCUUCACUUGUUCUCUCCCAGGUACCAAGGACAGCAACUGGCCCUAUUAUCUUCGUAUCGAAGAACUUCCCCAGCCUACGUCUAUGUCUCAUGUCACAGCGCUCCAACAGCCCUCGCAAAAGUUCAUAUCACCCCUUAGAAGGAGAUUAAGGGAACUAAUGGCGGCCGCAACCAGCAAACGUGCUAUUCACCUAAAACUGCCCCCAGUAGCUGUGCUGCUCGUGUCAACACAACGCAGCAUUGGCAAAACAACUAUAACUAUGAAUGCUAGCUCGGAUAUCGGGCUGCAUACUUUCACCAUCGAUGCGUAUGACAUCGUUAAUGAGAAUGGCGGCGGCGGCAGCGAUGUGAAGACCGAGGGCUUUCUGAAAGCACGAGCUGAUCGCGCCAUGAGCUGUGGGCCUGAACACUGCUGUCUGAUAAUUCGGCAUGUUGAGGCUUUAACUGCAGAUCGAAUGACAACGGCUGUGAAGGAAAUACUCUCUGGCACUAGAAUAUUGGUUGCAACCACAACUGAAGUUGAUAAAGUACCAGACGGUAUACGUGGCCUUUUCACGCAUGAGAUCGAGAUGGGUGCUCCUGAUGAAGCUGAGCGAGAGGGUAUCUUGCGUUCCAUCGUAAAUAGCCGAGGAUUGUCAUUGGGGCCCGAUGCAGAACUUGGUGGUGUUGCUCUCAAGACGGCAGCCCUUGUGGCAGGAGACUUAGUGGACGUAGUAGAAAGAGCCAUGGUAGCCAGAGACUCGCGUCUAGAGGCCUUGUCCAGGAGAGCGUCAGAUGGAAACACGAUCAUCACUAUCCGUGAUAUACAAGUAGCUGGAGGACCGUCGGCAAGAUCUUUGAUUAAAGCUGACUUCGAUAUCGCGGUUGAUGCAGCUCGAAAGAACUUCGCGGAUGCAAUUGGCGCCCCGAAGAUCCCGAACGUAUCCUGGGAAGAUGUCGGUGGCCUCGAUAAUGUCAAGGAGGCAGUCAGGGAGACGAUCCAAUUGCCGCUAGAAAGACCGGAACUGUUUGCAAAGGGAAUGAAAAAACGGUCUGGCGUCCUGUUUUAUGGCCCCCCUGGAACAGGUAAAACUUUGGUCGCAAAGGCCAUUGCUACAGAGUACAGCUUAAACUUCUUCAGCGUCAAGGGUCCUGAGCUGCUGAACAUGUACAUUGGUGAGUCUGAGGCUAAUGUACGCCGAGUCUUCCAACGCGCACGCGAUGCCCGUCCUUGUGUCGUAUUCUUUGACGAAUUGGACUCUGUGGCACCAAAAAGAGGAAAUCAGGGUGACAGUGGUGGUGUUAUGGAUCGGAUCGUAUCACAACUCUUGGCUGAGCUUGACGGUAUGUCUGGUGGUGAUGAUGGUGGUGGUGGUGUGUUUGUCAUAGGUGCCACCAACCGGCCAGACUUGCUUGACCAAGCACUACUACGCCCUGGCAGGUUCGAUAAGAUGCUUUAUCUAGGAGUUUCCGACACGCAUCAAAAACAACUCAAGAUAAUGGAAGCCUUAACGAGGAAAUUUAACAUCCACCCUUCUGUUUCGUUGGCUGCUGUUGCAGAAGAACUCCCUUUCACAUAUACGGGUGCCGAUUUUUAUGCCAUGUGCAGCGAUGCGAUGUUGAAGGCUGUCACCAGACAGGCAGCUUCUGUCGACACUAAAAUCCGUGCCAUCAAUGCAACUCGCACAGCAACAGCUCACCCAAUUUCGACAGCGAAUUUCUUUGAUCACUACGCCACGCCCGAAGACAUUGCCGUCAUGGUCACCGAGAAGGACUUUCUGGAUGCUAACCGGGAGCUCAUACCCAGUGUUAGUGCUGGAGAGUUGGCCCACUACCAGCAGGUGCGUGCCACAUUCGAGGGCGGGGGAGACAAGCAACAACAGCAACAGGAACGAGGUUCUGACACAGCCAUACCCCCUAUAUCAACCGAGCUUAAUCGACCAUCUUCCAAGGGCAAAGGAAAACCUGUGGGAAAAGGCAAGGGGAAGGCGAUCGCUAUCGACAGUGAUGGUGAAGAUAGAGAUGACCCAGAACAUGCCAGCUAUGGCAGCGUCAACGGGCGAGCGAAAGGGAAAGGAAAGGCUGUCGCUCAGUUCCAGGAUUUGGCGGCUAGUGAUGAUGAAGGCUUGUACUGAAGAGGGUGAAAGUAGACUUGUAAAAAUGCAUAUGUAUAAUCUGAAAAAUGAAAUCCAAGUCUGUCUAACACGCACGGACACGAUGGAUGUCUGGAAAUGCAUCGAAACAUGAACUCAAACAAUUGAUUCUUACUUGUCCUAUAAACCCUCAACCAAAGGCAAGAUCAGAUACAAGCCCUACCACCCUGUAGGCUGGCAAGAAUGAAGUGCUCAGAUCUCUCUGACUGCUUGCUUAUUGUGCAUUUCACUUGGAGUUUAGAGUGGACAAGUCUAUCUUUGUCGC